AUGUAUGUACAUCAUAUCACUCUUACUAAUCACGUAUGUGCAUGUGCCAGAUACUCCCUGCAAUUAGCGAUCAAGUACAAGAAGUACUAUAAGUCCUUGUUCCUCGGACUGGUAGAUCUUGCAGUGAUCAACGCAUACAUCGUGCACAAUGCCCAUCGGGCCGCCGUUGGCAAACGCAAGAUGGCUCAUGUCAAGUUCCUCAAGGACCUGCACCUGCAGCUCUGUCAACUCAAGGACGAUGACUGGGAUGGGCUCAUCAACAACGAAAUCCUCAACGCCACCCCGUCCAAGUCACGAUCAAGGUCGCACCGGCCCGAGCACACGCGAGUCCAGAACGACGAAUGGCGCGCUGGCAACAACCAUACGGGCAGUAAGCGGAGGACCCGCGUUUGCAAGGUGUGCUCGCUGCUAAAAGGAACCGAUGGUGUACGUGGCGGAGACUCGUCUAUCUACUGCAGGGAUUGCAAGGUGACUACGUCGUCGAAAAGGCCAAUGGCAUCAAGAGUGUUUCUCUGCGAUAAGCCUUGUAACGGGGUUACACGCACAAGUGGCUACAGUCACUUGUAA